AUGGAUUUGAGGUUACUGGGAUUCGACGCUCCUAUCUUACACGCCGUCCACGAUAUGCUCGACGCCACCGGCGAAGAAUCAGACAAGUCGAUGACUGCGCCGACCAGAACCUACGUCCGAGACGCCAAGGCCAUGGCGGCGACUCCGGCUGACGUGAAAGAGUACCCAAAUUCUUACGUCUUCUUGGUCGACAUGCCGGGGUUGAAAUCCGGCGACAUUAAAGUUCAAAUCGAGGAUGGAAAUGUGCUUGUGAUUAGUGGGGAGAGAAAAAGGGAGGAGGAAAAAGAAGGCGCCAAGUAUGUGAGAAUGGAGAGGCGAGUAGGAAAAUUGAUGAGAAAAUUUGUGCUGCCGGAAAAUGCUAAUGUAGAUUCCAUUAAAGCUGUUUGUCAAGAUGGGGUUUUGAGUGUUACUGUUGAGAAAUUGCCCCCUCCUGAACCCAAGAAGCCCAAGACCAUUGAGGUUAAAGUUGCUUGA